AUGAUCCACGGCUCCUCAUCACCCCGGAAAAUCGGGAUAUCCUUGCCCUCAGGCGACCCAACAAUUUUACCGACUGACAAAUCACACUAUAUCUCUUCCCCGAUUCCUUCUCCGAGGAGGAAGAGGAGGAAAAUGGAAACAGUGACAAGAGUGGCGGGGCGACACUACAAAAUUCUCCUCCCAGGGUUGGUGCCAGCUCAUCUCAUCAGGUUGGUCACCCAUCCUAUCACUAACAAUAUAUGGAUCAAUUUCAGUCGAUCCAUACCCACCUCGAGACUUACAAUCAAGAUCUCGCGAACCUAA